AUGAUGCUAUUCAGCACAUCACUAGCUGGACCAGCACUAGAUUGGGCGCAGCAUGAACCACUCUCUACAAUCGAGUCAUGGAUCGAUUUUAGAGAAGCUUUCUUGAAGAGAUUUGCAAGGCCACCUUUCAAAUCCAAGUACACCACUACUCUCAUCAGCUGGAGAGAGAGCGUGAUGAAGAAGAAUGGGGAGGCAUACCACCCCAUCCUGAAGUUCUUGAAUGAAGAGCUAAUCAAGCAUCUUUGCCACGACUAUGGACUUGGAGACAACCCCAAGAAGAUACAACUUUUCCAACUAUCUCUAGCUGGACAAGCCAAAGAAUGGGCUAAGUUCAAUGCCCAACAUGCUUUCAAGACUUGGAAUGGAUACAAAGGAGCUUUCCUCACAGAUUUGCAAAGGUCCAUUUAUGUUCCACCACCACGCCCAAGCUAUUCACAACACCAUCCAUCAUCACCAGACAUAAACAAGACACCACUUUUCCCAAGGGAGAGCUAUCAAGCUGCGCGCCAAACCAAGAUUGAAGAUAUGCUUCAAGAGUACUUGAGAAAUCAAGAUGAGAGUACAAAGAAGAUGGAGAGAGAAUCGAUUUCAUCCAUGAGAGCCUUGGAAACAAAUCUGAAGUCCUAUUCAAGCAAGUGA